AAGGAACGUCAGUCUCGUUGAAUUCUGUAUACAAAUGUUGAUAUACGUUUCUUUUUGUCAAGUGGAAACUGGUGCUUGGUUCUCACACUCCCUACAUCUGCAAGCCAACAUUUAGACCUUUAAAUAGAGUGCUAUUUUGAUGCAAAAGCAUAACGCAUGCCGCCGGAGGCACACAGGCUCAAUUUAAUUCAAGAGUCAAAUGGCCUGACAACACUUGGGAUCCCCUGUAGUGAGUAAAUCUGAAUCACCUGUGUUCAUUCUGCUCCCUUUGACACAGAGGACUCGCUUCCAAGUAAUUUUCUCGUAGCUUUCCUCGAGGAGUAAAGCUGUAUUUCGGUUUCACUUAAAAAAAAAAAAAAAGAAAAAAGAAGAAGAAGCGGUUACUUUGAACUGCAGUAAGUUGUUUUUUUUUUUGUUUUUUUUCUUCCAGAUUUUAACUUUUCGUCUACUUUAUAUAUAGUUCAAAUCAGAAACCUACCAGAACUCCAAGCAGAAAAACUAAUGUCUUAUAAAUCCAAACUCCCUGCAUCCUGGAACGAUGAUCCUCCUCCUCGGAAAGUGGAGAUUGACCUGAGUUCACCUGGAUUGGCCGUGUUUGAGUUGGAGAGGCUCUUGUUUACCGGCAAAGCAAUCAUCAGCCAUGCAGAUGAAGUCUGGCCGAGGCUUUAUAUUGGCGACCAAUACAGUGCAGAGAACGGGCCUGACCUCUCCAUGCAUCGAAUCACUCACAUCCUGAACGCAGCUCACAGUAAACGCAGAGGACAGCCAACUAUCUAUGAGGGCAUGAGGAUAACCUACAUGGGCAUAGAGGCUCGUGACUCAUGCGACUUUGACAUGAGUGUCAACUUCCAUGCGGCAGCAGACUUCAUCCACGGAGCACUCAGCAGAGGAGGCAAAGUGCUGGUGCACUGUCAUGUGGGAGUGAGCCGCUCUGCCACGUUAGUCCUGGCUUACCUGAUGCUGAAGCAGGACCUGACUCUAGUGGAGGCUGUUUGUGCUGUGAAAGACAAACGGGGCGUGAUCCCUAAUCGAGGCUUCCUCCGACAGCUCAUCAAGCUGGAUGGGCAGCUCUUCGGCAAACAUCACUGAACCCUCUCCCAUGGCCUUAGCUUUUAUGGGUCCAGAACAUAGGAGAAGACACAAUUUAACAUUCUUGGUGUCCUGCGGGUCAAAUCGACCCAUUUUAAAAUUUGAAGAUAUGGAACAAAAAAAUUCACAGUGAAACUUCUGAUGUCCACAUUUUCAACAUUUUUGGGAAAUUUUUGAACAUUUUUUGGUGGAAAAAAAUGUAAAAAAUAUAUUUGUUUGAAAGAAAACAUAAGAGGUUUUACUGAUAUGUGUAAUCACUAGAUGUUUUUAGAAUUUUUCUCAUUUUUUGAAAAUACUGACAAGAAUUUUUUUCCAAAUUUGGGGGAUUUUUUAAAAAAUAUAUAACUUUAAAGGGAAACUUUUAAGGAAUUAUCGGAAUUUUCUGAAGGUUUUGCAAACUUUCUGAAAUUUGGGGAUUUUUUUGGCAGAAUUUCUGUAUUUUUUCAGACAAGGAAACAAUAUUUUGUGGUGCCCGUAAAUGAAGACAACAGGAGGGUUUAAAACAGAAAAAGCUCCAGCACUGUAUAACCAUUAAUGUUAGAGAGGAGAUGUGAUUGCAUAUGGAUUAAAAAAACAACCUUUAGCACUACAGAUAUCAUCUCUGAAAAGGUUCCUUUCCUGGGUCAUGUUUUCAGUGUCAAGAACUUCAUGAAAAAGAUAUUUAUAUCCUGUAAAUUUGUGCUUGUAACAUGGAUUAAAGUUUUAUAUUAAAAAGAUGAAUCUGAUGCA